UUGACUUUGGAAAGUGACUCGCAAACGAAUUUCUGGCUUAUCUUUCAACAUUUAAUAGUUCAAAUAUUUCAUUUUUCGGCCAUCGUCUGAUUUGAAGUUAUCUGGUAUGGAAAAACAGACAACACCACCCUAGGGUUAGUGUUAUGGAGGGAGCAUCACACCAUCACUCUAAACUCUUUGUUGACAAGGCUCAGCAGAUCAGAGAGAGCAUUGGGAGAGAUAGUGCUGAGGUGGACACCCCUAUGAACGUUGUUACCCAGAGCAUCCAGUCUGACAUUGAGGUAACUCUGUCAAAGACCAGGAGCUGUUUGGGUGGAGAGACCACUAAGAUGAAGACUGAUGUGGUGGGUCCUAAGGAGGAGGUCACCCCGAAAAAGCUGGAGCCUGCCUCUAACAUUGACCUCAAGGAGAUUGAGAUGUAUUUCAGCGCUCUUGAACAGGACCAGAGGAGACUACAGCAGCUCCUGCAGGAGGAAAGAGAGGAGCAGGAGAUGGAGCUCACGGCUCUGAAGAGGGAGAAAUGCAGGAGAGAGCCGGGUGGAGAGAGAGGGGAUGGAGAGAGAGGAUGCCCUGCUGUCUGCUCUAAGAUCUAUGGCUGUCAGCAGACAGAAGUUGAUGAAGGAACUCAGGGGCCAGUCAGCCACUCUGGUGAGUAUCACACACCUGGGUGUAGCAACUGCAGUGAGCAAAGAGGGGAAUAUCAAGAAAAGCACGCUAAGACCAGCAGUGCCUCUAAAGACAUGAAGGCAGAUAGGCUGGACCUGAAGGAGCUCAUGGAACUGGAGCAGCGGGUCAGGAAGGCCGAGGUGAAGAAACAGCUGAAAGCGCUGGCCAAGGCUGAGAAGAAGGCAAGGAAGGCAGAGAGAAGCAGUGGGAAGAGAGUGGCCAAGAACACUGAAAGGAAAGAUGACAAAGUGAAGGACAUCAAUCCGAAUCGAUCUUGGCAUCGCUACAUUUGCACCAUGGGUUGUGCUACUUCACACCGUGAAGACUGACCAAGCAGAGGAUGAUCACAUUGUACUUUUUACUUUAUAAAUAUUAUUUUAUGUCUUAAAAAUAUGAAAUAUUUCACUUUUC